AUCUGACAAACCCUCAGCUGGCCCUCUGUUUUUGACAACAACGACUCGGUCGACAAUGUUCACAUCUUGACUAUUGGCCCCAACACUGCUGUAACUCGCAAUUAGUCCUUUGCCUUUCAUUAUUAAAAGUUAUACAUCAUGGAGACGUCGGCGCCCAAAAGCAAGCUAAAAAAGCUGAGUGAGGACAGCUUGACUAAACAGCCAGAGGAAGUGUUUGAUGUUUUGGAGAAACUCGGUGAAGGUUCAUAUGGCAGUGUGUUCAAAGCCAUCCAUAAGGAGUCAGGGCAGGUGGUUGCCAUCAAGCAGGUUCCUGUGGAGUCUGAUCUGCAGGAGAUCAUCAAGGAGAUUUCCAUCAUGCAACAGUGUGACAGUCCAUAUGUAGUGAAAUACUAUGGCAGCUACUUCAAGAACACUGACCUAUGGAUUGUCAUGGAGUACUGUGGAGCCGGCUCUGUGUCUGACAUCAUCAGGCUGCGCAACAAGACUUUGACAGAGGAUGAGAUUGCCACCAUCCUGAAGUCAACGCUGAAGGGUCUUGAAUACCUUCACUUCAUGAGGAAGAUCCAUCGGGACAUCAAGGCAGGAAACAUCCUCCUCAACACAGAGGGACACGCCAAACUGGCAGACUUUGGAGUCGCCGGACAGCUAACGGACACUAUGGCAAAGAGAAACACUGUGAUCGGUACUCCCUUCUGGAUGGCCCCAGAGGUGAUCCAGGAGAUCGGCUACAACUGUGUGGCUGACAUCUGGUCACUUGGCAUUACGUCCAUAGAGAUGGCAGAGGGCAAACCUCCCUACGCUGACAUCCAUCCCAUGAGAGCGAUUUUCAUGAUCCCCACCAACCCCCCUCCAACAUUCAGGAAGCCGGAGCUCUGGUCAGACGAAUUCACAGACUUUGUCAAAAAGUGUCUGGUCAAGAACCCAGAGCAGAGAGCGACCGCCACGCAGCUCCUACAGCACCCAUUUAUCAGCCUAGCCAAGCCGGUCUCAAUCCUGAGAGACCUGAUCACUGAGGCCAUGGAGAUGAAAGCAAAGAGGCAACAGGAGCAACAGAGAGAGCUGGAGGAGGAGGACGACAACUCUGAGGAGGAGACUGAGGUGGACUCCCAUACGAUGGUGAAGUCAGGCUCAGAGGGUGCAGGAACCAUGCGGGCCACCAGUACCAUGAGUGAUGGGGCACAGACAAUGAUUGAACACGGCAGCACCAUGCUGGAGUCGGACCUGGGCACCAUGGUCAUCAACAGCGAUGAUGACGACGAUGAGGAGGAAGAUCAAGGAUCUAUGAGGAGACACGCCACCCACCAGCAGCCGAUGCGUCCGUCCUUCAUGGACUAUUUUGACAAGCAGGACUCCAACAAGGCAGCCCAACAGCAGGAGAACUACAACCACAACCAGAAGGAGCAACCCGGCUACCACAUCCAGUCCAAGAACGUCUUCCCUGACAACUGGAAGGUUCCCCAAGACGGAGACUUUGACUUUCUGAAGAACCUGGACUUCGAGGAGCUGCAGUUGCGUCUGACUGCGUUGGAUCCCAUGAUGGAGCGGGAGAUCGAGGAGCUAAGGCAGCGCUACACGGCCAAAAGGCAGCCCAUCCUGGAUGCAAUGGAUGCCAAGAAGAGACGACAGCAGAACUUCUGAGUGCCUUCCGUGCGCGUCUAGGCUCCCGGAAUCCACCAUCACCCCAUAGAGCUGACACCUCAUUGACUCAGAGGAACUAAGAUGACCGUAUAGUCCUUGUUAGAAUCCCACUGAUGUUCUAGUUGCCUGCUAACUAGCCUCUUAUUGAAGUUAGAUGCCUCUUUUACAACCAUUUUGGCUCUUGGAAUCUACACUCGUCUUGUUUCUACUAUCUGUCCGGAUGCUCUUCCAUCAUUCCGAGUAUUAUAACGGUUCCUUUAAAGGUUACUUUCCCUUUGAAUGAUAAUUAGGACACUGGCCAAAAUCCAGACUGGGCCUGAAUAUUACAAAUUUUCACAGAAAGUGCUCAAGGACCCCCACAUUAUGGAGCCUACACUCUGGCAGAAGAAGCAGAAACUCAGUGGUCAAUAACGAAUGGUCUUUUUUUCUUCAGACUUUUCCCCUUCAGUGUAAAUAUAAUAUAGAUCCUAGUUUGGAAAUAGCCGCAACAAAAAGCCGUGGAGGCUUGUCCAUGACCAAAGACAAUCAAGAUGAUUUUGAUAGUAGAGAAUGCCUUAAAUGAAAUAAAACGUGGUCAGGUGUUAAAUCCAUUUCCUCACUUGGAAAUGAGUCAGAAGUGGAAUGUGGAAAGCUGCAAGGAUGGAGAUAGGUGACGGAAACCAUGUCGGUGGUAAAGAAAGGAUCAUGCAUGUCUUCAUGGUGGAGCAGAAAAUUAGGAACUUAUUAGUGUUAACAAUCAUUUAUUUAAUCAUGUUGUUUUGGCUUCUCUUAAACAUCUAUAAAUGGACUCCAUGCAUCUUGGUGCCUCAUUAAACACCCUUUUACGUAUAUGAUGUUCCUUGUGAACUUAAGAGCUUUUACUUCCUAAGAGGAUCCACUUUAAACCAGAAAAGGCACCAACAUUCAUUUUUAAGUUAAAAAGACAAACCAACGCAUUCUGAUACACUGCAUGUUCUUCUAAAAACCCUGUAUAAUUAUUCCAAAAUUGUUUUCUUGAAUUGUUUUGCACUUUGGAUUAAUUCCUAUUCUAAAAUAUGUUGUGAUUAUAUGUGAAAUCAUUUCGUAAGCGAAGCAUCAGUGAAGAGAAACCAGUAGCCAAUGAACUGUUGUGGUCAAAGCGACUCACCAGGUUACGGUGAAAGACUGAAGUGUCCUAAUGAUUCUGUAUAUUUUAGGAAAACAGAAGCUGCAGACACAUUUUUCUAAAUGUAUUUUUCUCAUCCUAUUUCCUUUCAGCAUAUAUCAGUGUUUCAUGAGUUUUGAUAUAGCCUUGCUGACAUUUGGGUGUGAUCAUUAAUGAAGCAAUGAAGAUAUUGUUACUGUCUGUGCUAUUUGUAUUCAACACAAGCUCAUUUGUCUCAUUGCAAUGAAUUCAACUCCAAACAUUUCAUUACAGCAAUCAACUGUUUUUUUAUUGACCAAAUGAAGGGAAAAUCAACAGUCUUGUCGUUAAUUGUGUGCUUAUCCGUCAAAUAGAUAUGGGCUUUAUCAGAUUCUCAUAUUGGCCUCCAAAUAAACAAUGUCAGAUGGACUUCAUUUCACUAUUCUGGAUGUGUAAUAGUACACAGUUAUUGUUGAGAAGCAAGCAAGUUGUAGUUUAGUUUUUGACCAACUGAUUUCACACAUUCUGAUGACUGUGAAUGAAUUUCUGCUUUGAAUACAUGUACAUCUACAGGUUUAUGUCACAUAUGCAUUUCUUUAAGCAGUCUUUAUUGUUCAGCACAUACUUACUGCAUAUCAAUUAACAUUUUGAUAAUGCCAUAAUCUAAUGAAUCAACCUGUUACACUAUCGUAUGUAUCCUAUGACACUUAAAACAGCUGAAUCAGAUUUUUGUUGUCAUAAAUUAAGUCUGCUGUGCAUUGGCAACUUGCACACAAGCAUUCACAAUGUAUUUAUUAAAUAGCCCUUUGUUGAAUAUAUGUGGCUUAAUUUCUGCGUGUUUAAGACCUUGCAUGUUUAAUGUUUGCAUUUUUUUUGAAUACUUGAGAGCAAUUUGCACAAAUGAAAGCUACAUUUUUAGCUUAAACAAAAACUACUUUCUCUCUACAUUUAAAAAGCCCUUCUGAAAUAUGGCGUUGUGGAGAUUCUGACAUAUGUGUAGUUAUUUGAUCUCACGCUUUGAUAGCUAUAUGAUUUUGUUUUCAUUUAUUUUCCGUAUUUCUACCCAAUAUAAUGACUUGAGAGCAAUGCGAGCAUUGAUGUUAGAAUGACCUAAUUAUUACCUUUUGUCUGUAAUACUUUACAGUAAUUACUUUUUGACCAGGUGCACACAAUAAUAAAAUCACUUGUAGUUAACCAUA